AUGCUAAUUAUAUGUCUAAGGUCCAAUAUUGGAAAAUUUUCAGAGGUUUUCCUUGACUUUGUCCGUGUCAACAAACAAUUUCCCCUGAUAAUUGCGUCGUUGUGCCUGGGCUGUGAGGGCUCUCAUCCACAUGGAUAG